CGCCUCCUCAUCCUCAGCCAAGUCCAAACCAAACCAACGAAUCCUCUUCCUUCUGCUGCCUGCGUGAUCAGCAGUCAACAACCCACCCAUCUUCCAGCGCGCUCGAUCGAUCAUCAGCAGCUAGCUAGCUAGCCAUGGUUGCCGCCGCCAUGCAGGCCCUCUUUGACCAGACCGAGCUCUCCCUCUCCCUCGCCCUGCCCACCGCCACGGCGCUGAGGAAGGAGGACUACCUCUCCAUCUGCCUCGCCGCGCUCGCCGCCACCGGCAAGGGCGGGCAGCCGCAGCAGGCCAGCGCGUGGCUCCCGGCCCCCGCGCCGGCGCAGGAGCUGCGCUUCAGCUGCGCGGUCUGCGGGAAGGCCUUCGCGUCGUACCAGGCGCUCGGCGGGCACAAGUCCAGCCACCGCAAGCCGCCCACCGGAGAGCGCUGCGUCGUUGCGCAGGCGUCCGCGGGUGCUGGGUCGGAGGCGAGCGCGGCGGCGUCCUCGGGCGGGAGCAGCGGCGGCCCGCACCAGUGCACCGUCUGCGGGCGGGGCUUCGCCACCGGGCAGGCGCUCGGCGGCCACAAGCGCUGCCACUACUGGGACGGCACCUCCGUGUCCAUGUCCAUGUCCGUCUCCGUGUCGGCGUCGUCCGCCGCGCUGAGGAACUUCGACCUGAACCUGCUGCCCAUGCCGGAGAACGCCGGGAUGAAGAGGUGGGCCGAGGAGGAGGAGGUGCAGAGCCCUCUGCCCACCAAGAAGAUGAGGCUUUUGCUGUAAAAAAGACGGAGAGAUGGCCAGUGCUAGCUCAACCGUCCCUUGAUUGAUUCAUUGAUUUGUUGAAUUCGAUUAGGUAUCACCUUCAUUUGUUCAUCCUUUGUUGUAUUUAUUACAAAGACGCAAAGAAAAUGAAAAGUACGGGCUUAAUUA